AUGGGUAAAGGGCUCGCCAGACUGAUUGGUUCGGGCAUUGGCUUCACCUCUGAAGCAAUUCAUGCCGCCCGUCAUCGGAAAACAGACUCUACUUCUGCCUCGAACUCCGAGACCCCUCGCUCGCUUCCUGGCACGGGGAGGGAGAAUGACCAGUACGUCGUUUCCGAUAGCGAACAAGCCGACGCUUUCAUCGACAGGGGAAUCACAGAGGGAUCCGACGAAUCAAAGGUCCCAGGGUACUUGGAGCUCCAGGUCAACGAUCAAACCCAAGAAUUCGCCGAAGAGAAACGAGAGAGCCAUAAUCCCGGGGCGGACUAUGUGGAUAGAGAAGACAGCGGCUCGGUCUACUCCAGGGACAAUGUAAUGCGCUCACUGGACGAAGAUGAGGCUGCCUGGCAGCUGGAUGAGGCAGCCGAACAGUGGGAACUACCUGCAUAUGAGGAAGCGGAACGUCAGUCCGGUCAUGCUGCUACUCAAAAUCCUGAGAGUGAGCACGCUCCAAUGACUGAGAAUGACUCUGAGGAAACCAAGGAGAAGAAGCGUGAGGCCAUGGUUCGAGCACUUGUACAGAUGGCUGGACCACCUGGGCCGGUGCGACGGCUUCCUUGUCCUGUUAUCAUUCCUCAAAGGAGACCUGGCGCGAAGAAGCGUGGAUUCGUGCGAGCAUAUGCGCCCGUGUUGGCCGAUUGUGGUAUCAGCCAAGACGUCUUCGUGAAGUUCAUCAGUGACUUCCACAAAAGUAGUCAGGCAUCCUUGUGGCUUCAGGUCGUCGUUGUCGCAGCCAACGUGACCGGAUUCUCUCCUUCAUUGGCUGUUGCGUUAACAGCCACUGCCAUUGCUAUUGUAGCCGAAACAGCUAUGCAAUUACAAAUCCGCGACCGUACCAAUACCUACCUUGACAAGGUUAACCGAGAGUUGUUCAUGCCCCGUGGUCAAUAUGCCAUGGUCAUGAAAUUCAAAGACCAUUAUCCUAGCCAAAAGCAGGGAUCCUCGGGUUCAUUCGCUGACAUGCUUGGCGGUCUUUUCUCCACUGAGAAGGUUAAUGUCAGUCAGUCAGGUGCAAAGUCCGAGGUAAAUCCAGCAUCGACUCAGCCUACCCAGAGUAAUAUACUUGAGUUCAAUGCAGCCGCGACAAUCUCAAAGUUCACUCACAGCGAGGAGCAUCCGGAAAUGACUGCCUGGACAAAGAAAAUGAAACACUACAGGGAUGUCAGUGGCAGGACUCAUGGUGCUCUCGAGCUUCCAGAGUGCGCACCACUGAUCUUCCCCGAUAUUGAUCGAGCUGCGAUGCGGGUGAGAGAGGGCAAGGAACCCAAGUCAAAGCUUGCAAGUGGCAGGACUUGGGUUAGAGAUUACAUUGACCGAAAGUCGCAGGCAGAAUUCGAAGCUAGCCACAAAGGAUCUGCUUUGGCCGUCCCCGAGUCUGGAAGGAAGGGCUUUACUUCCAGAUACAAUGAUCCCAAUCAUCCAGCAAACAACGGAAAUCUUCUCUCGACGCUUACCGGAGGCUUUUAUACCCCCAAGCCCGGUCUGAUUGAGCGAGCUGGAAUGGCCAUCAAGGAAUCGCAAGACAAGAAGCGGGCUGCGCAGGGAUUGCCGCCUAGUGAGCCCUGGAAGGAUAAGUUGAGAAGGAAAAAAAAAGAGCAGAUUGGCCGGCUCAAGAUUCUCCAGGAGGAUGUGGUUUAUCUGAUGAUCGUCAACAUGCCUACUGAGGAGGAGCUCACGACGUCUGUUGCGGAACUGAGGCAUCUCAUGGAGACCGAGGGGCGAACUCUUCCACCCGGACACUCUCGGCGAUAA